AUUGGACCUAAUUAGACCUUGCAGCAGCAAAUAGACAAGCUCCCUGCCUGAUUGGCUUCAAAGUGUCUGCUGCCAAACAACUAGCAGAGGUGCCAAAGUAGGAGCCCUGCGUCUGGAGCCCAGAUCAAGAGAGGCCGCCCGGAAGAGGAGAGCUGGGGCGGGAUCGCCCAGCCCGCCCGGCGCACCUUUGCUUCCCCGCGCGCGUCCUGCCCUGCCGUGGAGCCGCUGGGCACGGGGCUGCUCCCGGGGCUCUCAGCCCAGCUGGAGGCGGAGACCCGGAGCAAUUCGAGAGAAGGAGGCGGGAGCGUGCGAGGGCUCGGUCCUAAAAAGUGAGCCCGCUCCCUGGCUUGCAGAAGCCUUCAGCAGCGGCGGCGGCGGGAGCAGGAAAGGUGAGCCUGUUGGAGACAGGAUUCCUCUCGCGUUCUGCUCGCUCAGUCUCAGCCAUGGCAUCGGUGCUGGGGGCCAGCAGAGGGUCCGGAGGGCUGAGCAGUCAACUCAAAUGCAAGUCUAAGAGAAGGAGGAGACGGCGGUCCAAGAGGAAAGACAAAGUAAGCAUGUUGUCAGCUUUCAUCGCUCCCUUCAAGCACUUAAGCCCCGGGGCCACAAACACGGAGGACGAAGACAAUCUAAGUAUCAGCAGCGCCGACGUGAAGGAAAACCGCAACGUGAGCAACCUGGAGGCCCGGCCCCUGCCCGCCGGUGACGGGGCCCGAGGUGGUGCGCCCGGCGUGAAGAGGAAGAGGCCCCUGGAGGAGGGCAACGGCGGCCACUUAUGCAAGGUGCAGCUCAUCUGGAAGAAGCUCUCGUGGUCCGUGGCGCCCAAGAACGCGCUGGUACAGCUCCACGACCUGCGUCCGGGCCUGCAGUACCGCAUGGUGUCCCAGACCGGCCCGGUGCACGCCCCCAUCUUCGCCGUGGCCGUGGAGGUGAACGGGCUCACGUUCGAGGGCACGGGGCCCACCAAGAAGAAAGCCAAGAUGCGGGCAGCCGAGCUGGCCCUGAGGUCCUUCGUGCAGUUCCCCAAUGCCUGCCAGGCCCACCUGGCCAUGGGCAGCGGCGCCGGCCCGUCCACGGACUUCACCUCGGACCAGGCCGACUUCCCCGACACGCUGUUCAAGGAGUUCGAGCCGGCCGCCCCCGGCGAGGCCUUCGCGGGCCACCGCCCUGCUGACGCCGGGCUGUUGCCCUCCGCCUGCCGGAGGGGACGACUGCUCUGCCACCCCCUGGACCUGGUGGGCCCGGCGCGGCCGGACAGACCCAGGCCGGGCCCCGUGGCCCUGGGUGACAGGAACCCCGUGGUCGUGCUGAACCAGCUGCGCUCCGGCCUGCGCUACGUGUGCCUCGCAGAGCCGGCCGAGAAGCAGCGCGCCAAGAGCUUCGUCAUGGCCGUGUGCGUGGACGGCAGGACGUUCGAAGGCUCGGGACGCAGCAAGAAGCUGGCCAAGGGCCAGGCGGCUCAGGCUGCCCUCCAGGCUCUCUUCAACAUCCGGCUGCCCGGCCACAUCCCCAGCAGGAGUAAGAGUCACCUCUUGCCCCAGGAAUUCGCAGACUCCGUGUCCCAGCUGGUCACGCAGAAGUUCCACGAGCUGACUGUGGGCCUGGCGUCCGCGCACGCCCGCCACAAAGCACUGGCAGGAAUCGUCAUGACCACAGGCUUGGACGUCAGGCAGGCACAGGUCAUCGUCCUGUCCUCAGGGACCAAGUGCAUCAGCGGCGAGCACAUCAGUGACCAGGGGCUGGUGGUCAACGACUGCCACGCGGAGACCGUAGCCAGGAGAGCACUGGUCCACUUCCUGUACACCCAGCUAGAGCUGCACCUGAGCAAGCGGCGGGAGGACUCAGAGCACUCGAUAUUCGAGCGGUCCAAGGAUGGCGGCUACCGGCUAAGGGACAACGUGCUGUUCCAUCUCUACGUGAGCACAUCCCCCUGCGGAGACGCCAGGCUCCACUCACCCUACGAGAUCACCACAGACCUGAACAGCAGGAAGCACAUCGUCAGGAAGCUCCGCGGGCACCUGCGCACGAAGAUCGAGUCUGGGGAAGGGACCGUCCCCGUCCGGGGCCCUAGCGCGGUACAGACGUGGGACGGCGUCCUGCUGGGUGAGCAGCUCGUCACCAUGUCCUGCACGGACAAGAUCGCCAGGUGGAACGUGCUGGGACUGCAGGGUGCACUGCUCUGCCACUUCAUUGAGCCCGUGUACCUGCACAGCAUCAUCGUGGGCAGUCUGCACCACACCGGCCACCUCUCCCGGGUCAUGAGCCUCCGGACCGAGGACAUCGGCCAGCUGCCAGCCUCGUACCGACACAACCAGCCCCUCCUCAGCGGAGUGAGCCUUGCCGAGGCACGCCAGCCGGGGAAGUCUCCACACUUCAGCGUGAACUGGGUGAUGGGCAACGCGGAUGUGGAGGUUAUCGACGGCACCACUGGGAAGAGGAGCUGCGGGGGCUCGUCACGGCUCUGCAAGCACGUGUUCUCGGCGCGGUGGGCGAGGCUUUAUGGAAAGCUGAGCACGCGGAUCCCGAGCCACGGAGACACGCCGUCCAUGUACUGUGAGGCCAAGCGGGGGGCGGGCACCUACCAGUCUGUCAAACAGCAGCUAUUCAAGGCGUUCCAGAAGGCCGGGCUGGGCACCUGGGUGAGGAAGCCGCCCGAGCAAGACCAGUUUCUACUGACUCUCUGAGCCACUGGACUCCCGUGCUCCCAGAGCAGGGUGAACACCCGGACUGGGCAGGGCGUGCGUGCGCGUGCGUGGGGCGGCAGGCGGUGCUCACUGGCUCCCCGCACCCAUUUCCCUUUGGUGUUCUGGAAGCACGCACAUGGUCAGUGUUCCGUGGGCAACUAGACUCAAAGUAGGAGCUGCUCCCACGUUGUCAGAACCCAGACGCCCCCCAGACCUGAAGGCACAGGCGCGGCCCAACAUCUCUCCCUGGUGUGUCCACGGGAAAUUUCCAUUCAGGCUGAAGGGUCAUUGGUGCGGCCUUGCCACGCAGUGCCUCGGGCGCCCCUCCCACCUCCAGCGCUGCGUCGGUUCUCAGUGGCACGAUACUUCAGGAAAAGCCACAACGAAAAGAAAAGCCAUGGGCUCCUCCCCAAAGAAGCCAACAGGACGCUCUACCAACCCCAUUAUUCACUUAAGUUUUUAUUCCACCUCCUUUCAAAGCGGAUCUGAGAUGCGCAAUAUUGAAGAACCCCCUGAACUAGGACCAGAGAAAUGAAGACCCUUUGCGCAGCGCGCCGGUGAGCUGAGACGUAGGACAAGGGGCUCCAGGACCGAGUGCUGCCGACCACUGCAAACUGCCGCACCCGUCCCAGGCCCAGCGCAGGCUCCGCGGCAGGUGCCCACGGCCACUGACCACGUCUGUGGCAGAUGCAUCCAAGGUUAGUGACCACCUGCACCUCCUCACCAGGUAACAAGGAAACAAGUCCCAGACCACGCCCUGUUUAGCUAAGUUUGCGUCAGAGAGCAAGCCCAAAGAACAUCCACAAAUCCACAACCUCUCCUUGGGGCUGAGGAGCUACCAGAUCUCCACUGCUUUAGGUUCAGAUCUCCACUGCUUUAGGUUCCCUGGUCUCCAUCUUGCAUGAUUGAAACAAAUCACUCACAGCAGCUGCUGAGACGCAAGAGGCCGGAUUCUGUCCCCUUCAGAGCAGGUGUCAGACACCCAGACCAUUUGGGAUCCAGCCCCUGGCACCCUCUCUAAGAGGACGGUGGGGCCGCAUGGCCGAGCGUGGGAGGGGCAGGCACCCUCUCACAAGCCUUCAGUCUGUCCUGGUACCUUGAACUGUGCACUCUGACCACCAAGAACUCAUCUCUAACACCCAUCAUGCUACUGACGGGCCUCUAAUUUCUCUUGCAAAAGAUCCACGUCUGAAACUCACUGGGCCACAUGGCCACGCUUCGGAGAGCCCGCUCUGGGGUAAGGGCUUUCUGGUGAGACUUUCAGCCGCCAGCCGUGGGUGCACACCCUGACGAGAACACGGGACUACACACAGCCCAAGACGCAGGAGCAUGACAUCGAGCCGCACACAUUCAAGGAGAGAUUGCAGGUAUGAUAAGGAGGCAAAAAUGAGCCAACAUGAGUUUUAGAUAUUUGUUGUGGGACAAGAAGUAGAGGUGUUACUAUGGAAACCAACUAUUCUUGGGACUUCCUAUAGGGUCAGAUUUCUCCACAGACACAAGGUCGGUUCCCACUGGAACUGCUCCCGUUCUGAGCCCCUGCUUCUGUCCCUGCACUCCAAACAAUGCCCCUUCCAGAGCGAGGAGACAGCAUUAGCAGCGGCCGCCCCAGGACAGAGGCAGAUGGGCCCAUCCACACAAAGCACCGCAGGACCACCCGGACAACCGGACCGCAGGGACUUGGACGGCACCACCUACCCGAUAUCGGACACUCCCGUGAUGCCUCAGCUGCAGCUACUUGGUCACUGUUCAUCUCGCCUGAGGCACUGGCCCUCCAGAAAAACCUAAACUCCACCAAAAUAUCUACUUCUGGAGAAAGUGUAGGGACUCGUCUGUUCGGUCAGCGGGGACAUCCUGGAAGGAGAGGCGAAGGCUCGGCGCAGGAGCUUUGUCGCAAGAGGGCGUUUCCAAGGCAGCAGAAAGCGCAUCUGAGAGGCUGAGCUUGGCGGGAGCUGCCUGUCCAGGAGCGGGGAUGGAGAGGCACAAGGGACAGGGAAGGCGGCACGGCAGGGCUGGGUCACCAACAGGAGGCCAGGUCACCGGGCUCAGAUGUGGCACCUGCCGUGGCUGGGGGGACAGGUGGUGCCGGCCCAGAGACGAGGUCACAGGGGAGCCUGAGGAUCUACUCUGGGCUUCAAAGCCCAAAAGAGCACCCAACGCUGCUGGAGGCCAGGCCAA